AUGAGCGCCGCGGAGGGAACAUCACCGCCUGGCAGCGCGCCUGCGCAAGCAACCCCUGAAGCAUGGGGCGGCGCCGCACGCUUGCGCACACCAGUUUUGAGCCUACGCAAUGCCAUGGAGCAGCAGGCCCAGCUGCAAGCAACAACGCCCCUCUCCUACAUGCAGCAGCUGCAGCAGCAGCAGGAGAGCAGGGGUGACAUCAGCGGCUCCAGCAGGCGCUUGCCACAGGCACAGGAUGCCCAGGGGUGGAUGCAGGAAGCCCUCAAGACCCGCCGCGAUGCCCUCACAGGGCAGCUGCGAUGUCAGCUGUGCGCGAAGGUGGUGCCGGAUCACAGCAUUCUUGCUCAGCACCUGAAGGACAAGCACGGCGGAGAUUCUGCCGAGGUCAGCGCCGGGGGGCCUCCCGAGCCCAGCCUCACAUUCAGCCUGGCCGAUCUGCUGCUCGCACAAAGACCUGGAGCCUCCAAGGCACCGGCGUGGGCGCCGCCGCAGCUGACGGCAAAGCAGCUCCGGAGUGUGAAGGGCCUCGUGCAGGCGUACCCGACGAAGAAGGCGCUGGCGGAGGCAUUCAAGGGGGGCCGGCUGCUGGCGACGGGCAAGAAGAAGAUGAGCCGCUUAAAGCGCAUCAUUCUGCGUGAGCGCGCCAACAAGGCGUUUGCCGACGCAUCGGCCGCCGCUGAGUCAGCCGCCGCCGCGUCUCGGCUGGCGUGCGCGCUGCGGGACAACAUCAGGGAACAGCUCAGGGUAGCAGGGGAGCAGCUGCUGCUGGAGCAGAGAGGCGGUGCCAUGCCUGACGCGUCCGCCAUCACGCAGCUGCAAGUGCUAGAGGUUGCCGCUGUCGAAGCAGAGCGGCGGUUGCUCGACGCCGAACGGAAUUCGCGCGAGGCAGAGGCGGAGCUUGAGAAAGCCUCGGCCGAGCGCGCGCGCAUCUGCAACGAGCCUGCGGGGGCCAAUGAUGAGCAGCCGCCACGAGGGGUUGAGGACGCUGACGUGGCAGGGGCUGACGAGGCCGCUGAGUCAGGCGGAGGAGCAAGCACGGCACACACAGAGGGAGAAGAGGCGGCGGAUGGCAGCGAGCGCAUGCAGCUGCAUGCGCUGCGCGUGGCGACAGAUCUUGGCUUUCAGGGGACCGACGGUGCUGAGAGUGUUGACGGCUUGGACGACUUUGAGGAUGUUCUGGUGACUGCUGGACCAUCAGCAGAAGAGAAGGAAGCAGAGAAGGUAGAAGAGGAAGACGAGGAGGACCUGGACUUGGGCCCGGACGAUUGGGAUGACAUUUUGUCGGCCUGGAUGGGCGCUGUCGGCCUGACAGACAUGCUGAAAGCGUCGGAGCCGGCAGAGAUGGCCACAGCUACAGCCUCGGACUUGAGCACUCAAACUACGGUGGCGGCUCCACCUGCGCAGCAGCUUCAGGAAGCUGCGCCGCAGCCGCCGCAGGACAGCGGAUUCAGCGCGCCGUACAGGGGCGACUCGCGAUCUCUGCAGUCCUUGCAGCAGCAGCCGGCGGCUGUCAGCGCUGGAUUUGCGCAGCUGCAAACACCGGGGCAGCAGCAGCCGCGGGACCAGAAUGCUGCGCUGGCAGCGCUACUGGGCAGAGGGAACUCUGCGGGAGGACAGCGCAACGGCGCUGGCCGGCCGAUGGUCACCGUCGUGCCGCAGAUGGACGCGGCCACAUCGAAUACGCUGCCACUGCUCGGCCAUGGCCCCGCGCCCUCCCAAGGCAUGCGAAUGGCGUCGUCCGUAGCAUCCACCGCUCAGCAGGGUGACGGGAGCGGCUCGGUGCGCGAUCCCCGGGCUUUGCGCAACAUCCCCGCAUGGCUCAACUCAGCCGAUAGCGAUGAUGAGUCGGGCGUCAGCGAGGCCAUCGCAGGCACCAGCCCGCCGUCAGUCGCGGCUGCCCCACAGUCCUUAAACCGCCCGAGCGCCUCCGACUCCCCGCUGACCGUCGCUAGCCUCCCGGCAUCCCAGGCGAGUGUGGGCGCGCAUGGCGCCACGGGCGAGCCGGCGGCCACGGCGGCCGCGGCGGCGUCCAAGCAGGUGGGCCCUCAAGACCCGCUGCGCCGGGCUCCGCCUCCCCCGGGAUCCACCCCAAUGGUGGUGUCCGACAUGGAAGCGCAGUGGCGCGCCAGGCUGCAGGGGCAGAGCUUCAGCGUGGAGGAGAUGAUCGAGCAGGGCUUGCUGUUUGCCGGCGACAACCUCGGCGCUGACUCGCCCGCCAGCAGCUGCCCAGCCAGCCCCAGCCCCAGCCGCUCCGCUGCUGCCGACACCGGUGCUACUGCUGCUGCGCAAACGCUGGAGAGCUCUCAGGCGCCUGCCUGUGCCGGCCCCUCCUCGUUCGAGAUGGCCUCGUCUAUGCCGCAGCAGACCGACCAGGAUCGCCUGCUGCACGGGCUGCAAGGCGAUGCAAGCGUGGAUGCAGCCAGGCGGCGCGCCCUUGAAUCCAUCCUCCAGAAACACAAAGCGCCGAUGCAGGCGUCCGGCGCGGGCGCGUUCCCCCUCAUGGACCAGCUGCCGCUGCAGCCGCACCUCAUGCCGGGGGCUUACCAAGACCCCCAGCUCGGCCGCAUGCACAGCCAGGGCCUCCUGCAAGCCUACCAGCAAGCGCAGCAGCGGCAGCAGAUGCAGCAGCAGGCACUGCAGAGCCCCUUCCGCUCGCUGUCAGCCAUGGACAUGCCUCUGGCCCCGCAGCCGCUGCUGGGCAGCCUCUCCCAGGGUCCCCUCUCUCUUGGGGACCCCUACGGCGUUCCCGGCCUCUCCUCCCCCCACGACCUCCCCCUCAUGGAAAAUCCCUACGCGGCCAUGGACUUUCUGAGCCAGCAGCAGCUGCCGAACAAGCGCCACGGCUGGCCGACACCCCCAGAGGAGCAGGGCACCUUUGGCAGCCACGAAUUCACCUGCGAGGUGUGCGGGGUGACAUGCUGCGGCCUGGUGAAUUUCGAGCAGCACUGCUCCUCGAAGAAGCAUCUGCGCCGCGCGGCGGCUGCGGCCGGCGCGCUUGCCGGCGGCGGCAUGGCGUCCGACUCCACCGGCGAUGAGCGCAACACCACCUAUGUCGGCCUUCAGGCCCAGUGCCGCAACUACUGCAAGCAGGCGCGUGGCCUUUCUGUGAUCAGCACAGAGCUGAAUCGGGCGGUGGUGGAAUUGCUGCAACAGCUGCUGUUCUGGCAGGAGCGUGCCAAAGCCUCCUCCCCCUACAACGUCACCAAGCGCAAGCGCCUCGUCUCCGGCCUGAGGGAGGUGGCCAAGGCGGUGCGGCUGCGCAAGGCUUGCACGGUGGUGGUGGCGCCCAACAUAGAGCAGAUUGAGAGCGAGGGCGGCCUGGACGACCUCCUCUCCUCCAUCCUCACCCAGGCCGAGGAGGCCUCCAUCCCCAUCGUCUUUGCCCUCUCCCGCAAAAAACUUGGCCAGAUGUUUGGCUGCCGCAAGAAGAUGAGCGCGAUUGCGAUCCUGGACUACAGCGGCGCGGAGGCCAUCUACCACCACAUGGAAGCGCUCGCGCAGCAGGGCCGCACCGCCUGGCUUGCCCACAACGCCGGCGGCGGCAGCGCCAGUGCUGCCCAGGCCGACACUGCAGCGGCCGGCCCCUUCGCCCUGUCGCACUCGGGCUCCGCCUCGCACCUGCUCGGCAGCGACCCAGCUGCGCAGCAGAAGGGGCCGACCCCAGAGGAGGGCGGCCUGUACGGGCGAUCAGCGUCCAGAACCGAGGAGGCCGGCGCGGCCGCUGAGUUCCAGCAGCGCGGCAGGUACCUCCCCGGGGGGGGAGCGCAGCCGCAUCUGGCCAUGCGGGGCAGCCAGCAGCCGCCGUUGCUGCGGCAGCAGCCGCCGCCGCCGGGGGCCCUCCAGCACCGGCAGGGUGGCCUGCCGCCGCUGCACCGGCUGCCGCCGCCGCAGCAGGCGAUGAGCGUUGCGCACCGGCAGGCGCAGCAGCAGCACUUCCAGCAGAUGGGCCGCCUCGCCAGCAUGCAGUCCGCGCAGGAGCUUUUGGACGGGCACAUGGCAAGCCUGUACGACCAGCAGGCGCUGGCGCAGCAGCUGGGCUCCCAACUGCACUUUGACGGCGGCGGCGCGGCUGGCGGCUACGACGCGCUUGAUCCCUCUGGCGGCUUGGGCAUGUCAGCAUUGGACCUUGGCCAGCACGCGGGCUCGGGCGGCCUUGGCGGCCCGCUCGCGCCCAUGGGCGGCUUUCAAGGCCAGCAUGCGCACGGGAUGGAGGGGGCCGCGUACGGGGAAGCUCUUUACGGGCAGGGCUACGGCGGCGACGGCGACGGGCAGCAGCUGCCGUAUGGCGUCGAGGAUCCCCGCGCCGCGCAGGGGGGCCACUAUGUCGCCCCCUGGCCUAACCUGGGGGGGCCCCAGGACAGCGGUGACCGCCGCUGGUACAGCUGA